GCUGUGAGCGCUCUUUUCUCCUCUCCUCCACCAAGCGCGUCUUUUACUGUUGACAUAAAAACUUUGAAGAGGUGAGAGUCGAAACGUCAAAACGCCGACAAAUCACCGUCGACAGCGCGCAUCAACAAAGAAGAAAGGGGGAAAGAAAAGAACCAUCAAGUCUGAGAAAAGCGGUGGAGCCGGGAGAAAGAGGGAGCUAUGCCAUCUCCCGCCGAGCAGAGCCCAGUCCUCCAGUGUUGUGUGUCGGAGCUGCAGCAUGGUGUCUCUUUCUGGACUCUGGACCUACUGCCUCGCCCCGGGGAGAACUCAUCUCCUUUCCUUCUCUGCCAGAACGCUCCUGCUGCUUCUCUUAUUAACCGUCUCUUCCUCCCCGGACGCCUGCUUCCCUCACCCACAACCUUGCCACAUUCUCGCCCGGAUAGGACACACCGUGCGUCUCGGUGCGCUCUUGCCUACCCGACAGCCGGCACGGAUACAAAACGCGCUCAACCGCGCCCUGGCCAGCCUCCGGCAUCAAGGCGGAGGGACAGACUCCUCCACAACAACCUCUCAGUCACCUCCUCUGCUGCCCUACAACCUGAGCUUGGAAAUGGUGGCUCGAUCGCCCGCGGGAGGGGACCCUGAGUCAUUGUCCCGUAGUGCCUGCCAGGACCUGGUGGUCAGGGGUGUGUCAGCCGUGCUCGCCUUUCCCCGCUCCAGGGAGGAGCUGAUCCAGGUGGAGUUUCUCUCCUCUUUCCUGGAGAUCCCCUUCGUAUCUAUCCUGGAGGACACAGAACCCCUUGUGACUAAGAACCGAUUUCACCUGCAGAUGUCAGCCCGUGUGCCUCCAUCAACCCUGGGAAGUUUGCUCCUUGCAGUUUUGCAGGGGGGAGAUGGUGGGGAUAGGGAUAGAGGAAGUCGGGGGGACAGCUGGGGAGGAGCAGCUGUAAUCUGCCCAGGCUGGGACGAAGGCGGUGAUGGCUUACUGACCCACCUUCAGAAGUACAGUGGUUCAACCUGGCAUUUGUGGGACAUAAUCAACCUGACUCGCAUCACAGGGAGCAGAGAUAGAAGAGGGGGGAGCAGUGAGGAGAGAAGGGAGGAGCAGAUGGAAGAAGAGGCUUUGAAGAUCAUCUCCACCCGUUUCCUGCGCUCCCCCUCACCUGUUUCGUCUGUUCUCCUCCUGGGAUCCGACCCCGAGUGUCUAUCCUCCGUCCUUCGGGCUGCUCAGCGUCUCGCACCAUCACUACCAGCACUGCAGUGGAUCAUGGGAUAUCCCUUGUCUCCAGAUUCGCUGCACACUUUAGGAGGUCCUCUUGGACUGUUAGCCUAUGGGGAGGUCGGCCGCAAGCCAAUAAGCUUCUAUAUACGGGAUGCUUUGCAGCUGAUUGGCCGGGCGGUCACUGCAGCAACCAUGGUGAGGCCAGAUUUGGCACUCACUCAGAACAUGGUAAAUUGCUAUGACAAACCAAACCGACAUGAACAGCCCUCUUCUGGACAAUAUCUAGCCAGGUUUCUCUCCAACACUUCCUUCACCGGGGCCACAGGCCUGAUCCAGGUCGAUGCUGGUGUUUCUCGGAUUCUGUCCUCCCAAUUGUUUCAUGUAUGGAGUCUGAAGAGAGGUGCUCUGGGGCAGCCUGCUUGGGUUACUGUAGGCCAGUGGACCCGAGGUCGACUGGAGUUGGAGGGUGGCAUUCUGGGACUGGUGGGAGGGUUCAUGACCAGCCAGGGACAAGGUCUUGGAGCCGGGGUGAGGGGAGGGGAUGGCCAGGGUGACGGCAACUUUGGAGGUCGCUGGAGGCCGGGACUUUCGGUUGAAGGGCACCGCCUCAGGGUUGUGACCCUGGUGGAACACCCAUUUGUCUUCACACGGGAGGUGGACGAGGAUGGAUUGUGUCCAGCUGGACAGCUUUGUCUGGACCCCAAAACUAACCAGUCUAGUAUAAUACAUGGCCUUUUUAACCAGCUUCACAACUCAAAUACUACAACAGUAGACUGGGAUGGCACAGAACUACCAGAGGACCUGAGAAAGUGCUGCUAUGGGUACUGCAUUGACUUGUUGGAAAAGCUGGCAGAAGAUAUGGGCUUCACAUUCGACUUAUAUAUUGUGGGAGAUGGAAAGUAUGGGGCGCUCAGUGGGACAGGACGCUGGACGGGACUGGUAGGAGAUCUGCUGAGCGGAACCGCCGAUAUGGCCGUCACCUCUUUCUCUAUUAACUCUGCCAGGAGCAGAGUCAUAGAUUUCACCUCACCCUUCUACUCCACCAGCCUGGGCAUUCUGGUCCGUAGCCGGGACACUGCAGCUCCCAUUGGAGCCUUCAUGUGGCCCCUCCACUGGUCCAUGUGGGUGGGUAUUUUUGUCACGCUGCAUCUCACAGCGCUCUUCCUCACCUUGUAUGAGUGGAACAGCCCCUUUGGCAUGACACCCCAUGGCCGGAACAGACUACGUGUAUUCUCCUACUCCUCUGCUCUUAAUCUCUGCUACGCCAUACUGUUUGGACGCACUGUCGCCACCAAGACCCCUAAAUGCUGGACAGGACGCUUCUUGAUGAACCUUUGGGCUAUCUUCUGUUUACUGGUGCUGUCCAGCUAUACGGCCAACCUUGCUGCAGUAAUGGUGGGGGAGAAGACGUUCGAGCAGGUUUCCGGAAUUCACGAUGACAAGCUGCACCAUCCGUCCCUGGGCUUCCGUUUUGGUACAGUGAGGGAGAGCAGUGCUGAGGAUUACAUGAAGAAAAGUUUCCCGGAGAUGCACGACUACAUGAGACGCUUCAACCAACCCACCACUCCAGAAGGUGUACACAUGUUAAAGACAGAUCCUCCUGCCCUGGAUGCAUUCAUCAUGGAUAAAGCCCUGUUGGACUAUGAGGUCUCUAUCGAUGCAGACUGCAAACUACUUACUGUGGGAAAGCCAUUUGCUAUUGAAGGCUAUGGUAUUGGCCUUCCCCAGGGUUCUCCUCUAACCCGUAAUGUGUCAGAGUUCGUCAGUCGCUACAAGUCUGACGGUUUUAUGGACAUGCUACACGACAAAUGGUAUAAGGUUGUACCCUGCGGAAAGAGAGUCUUUGCAGUCACUGAGACUCUACAGAUGGGAAUCCAGCAUUUCUCAGGCCUGUUCGUGUUGUUAUGCAUGGGGGUAGGUGGAGCCUUGCUGACCUUGGCAGGUGAACACACUUUCUAUCACCUGGUCAUCCCUCGCCUCCGGCGUAGCCACACACUUCAGUACUGGCUGCACACCAGCCAGAAAAUUCACAGAGCCCUGCACACCACAUAUGAGGAUGUUGGAAAGGAAAUGGCCGGCCUUGAUCAAAACCCCUCUUGUAUCUCGGAGAACUGCACCCUACACAGGAAACAGCAUCAGCCUCCUCCACCAUCCCCUCCCACGUCAGCUGGGGACACGGGCAACUCCUCACCAUCCAAUGAACCCAAGGAGAAACGUGUGCACUUUGACCUUGAAACGCUUCACAGCUACCGCCUGCGCACACACACCGCCUCAGUGCGCGGCAGGCCUGGGAUGGUUGGCCGUCCUGGACUUGGCCUCGGAGGGUUGGGGCUUGGCAACCUGGGGAGUUUUACUUCUCCUCCACAGAUUACCCUCCAUGUCAACGGGGGCCCUGUCUCGACUCUGGCUUCCACAGGUUUGGUGCUGUCUCCCAUGGGAACCAGAGGUGCUCAGACGAACUUAUGGGAAGGGGAGCUCCAGGAGUUGCAAGCAAAGAUCGAGAUAUUCCGCACCCAGCUGAGAGAGGCUCUGGCUAGGAGAGCUGAGAUCCAGAGCAGUCUGGAGAGAGAGAGGAGUGGACUGGUACGCAGGGAUACUAGUCUUGAUAGGGACAGGGACAGACAGAGGAUACAAACUAUUAAUACAGACAGAAGUAGCUCCACUCAGCCCAGGCUCCCUGAGAGAGACAGGACCAGCCAGCUGCAAACCCUGAAUAAUCAGCAGACUGGGCGGGCUAACCAGUCAGGUGGGCCUGGGACUGUGGAGCAUGGGAGAAGCAGCCAGUUAAACACAGUUAACAGUUUGGACAGAGGCAGAGCCAACCAAGUGCGCCCUGUUAAUACUUUGACAGGAGAAAGGACUGUCCAGUCGCGCACGUCCACUAGUUUGGAGCGAAGUCGAGCCAACCAACAAGGUGCUGGAAAUACAACUAUCCAAACACGGAAUACUUCUAGCCUGGACAGACAGAAGGCUAACCUAUCACAUGCACUGAACACUUUGGAGAGGACAAAUGCUAACCAGUCGACUGUAAGCAGUGAGACUUGAUUAACUCCUGACCUGUAGGACUGCAACAGGGUUAGUGAGGUAUUGCUUGCAUAGCCGCGGGAAGAUGGCUUUAUUGGUAUGGGUUACAUUUAUGUGGCGUUUGCUGAACUAUAACAGUACGUGUUUACUCACAAUGUUACUUACUGCAACCUAAUAAUUUUCAUGCUGAGAAUUAUUUCCACACUUACUUAAAAAUGCAACUAAAAAUAUUUUUCUGCAAGUGAAGAGCUGAUGUCAUCCAUGAAAUAUUAAUUAAGCAAUGUAAUAUUUAAAUAAAAAGCAGAACAUAACCCCAUUAAUAUCCCGACAUACCAGAUCCGACAAACUGAAAUGGGAAUCCAGAAACCACGGUGCUUACUGUGGAAAACAGUAGGUCACAUGAGGAAUCGCUGUAGGAACUAUAAUAAAUCAAAAAUGUGGUGUGUUGUGCUGGCUGAAAAGGCCUACAAGCACAUAUGGAUAAUUGCAAAAGCACAGAAAAAUCACAAUUAACGUUAACUAAAUUGAAUGAAUCCACAUACACAUCCAAUACAUAGGAUAAGAAAAAGAAACAAAUUAGCAUAUUUCAAUUAACCAAUAUAAUAAUUUCCUAAAAUUAUGAAUGAUGAAAAUAAAAGUGUUGCACAAUCCCAAAACAAUUCUCUUUUGGGGCAACAAUCCAGAGCCCAUGAAACUGAAGCAAGCCUUACGUGCAUUGACGCUUUGCAUCUUUGCUUAUGUUGUUCUGCAGUAGAUAUACCCAACGAGUCAAAUACUCUUUUUGGAUAUUUUUAUAUGCUUCUCUCCUGUUACAAUACGUCACUUUGUGAGAUGGUAAUUCUCCUCUGCUAGUAACUUUAAAAAAACAAACUGUUUUUGAAUUUGCAAUAAUUUGAAAGUCUGCAGAGUAAAAUAGUUUAAAGCCAUUAAACCCAACUAUCCUGAAAAGUUUAGUUAUAAAAAGGUGACUUUCCCCUGACCCAGUGAUUAAAAGACAUAAGGGAUUUCAGCUUCAGCAAAGCUUGUACCACAAAUAUUAGCUCUUAAGGCCACGGAAGGUCUAUUAAAAAGAUGCAGUCAGGACAAUGCGGGUUCUAGUGUUGUGUUUUUCUAGUUUGGCCAAUGCUAGAGCUGUUCAUCUCAGCCUCUGCUGAGUUUUUAGCAUCUUUUUUUAUAAGCUGCCUCACGUGACUACACCACCUUUAUAAAAGUGCAAUACUAAAUCAAAAACCCCUUUAAUUUUCUGAAUCGUGUGUCUGGGGUAUGGGUUUGGAAUAAAUGUAUCCACUAUUUUUCAUUACUAAAACAAUCAUGUAAAAAACACUGAGUGUGGAUUGCAAUUUACUCAGUACCUGCAGAUCUGAUAGGUGAGAUUUCAUCUUUUUAACAUAUCUUUGAAAUAGAUGUAUGCUUUUACACAUUUUCUUCUCCACUUUUUUUCUAUAACGUAAAUUAAGUUCCAUGCUUUAAAUCAGCCAUUGGGAGCUACGAAGAUCUGAGGUUCUUCAGAAACUGGCUGCAUGUGGGACUCGCUUUCAGUUACUCAGUCCACCACUGGAUGGCACUGAAUCCCUGCUUCCUGCGGCUAUGGACACUGGCGAGUGUGUGGAUUCAGGUUUUAUUCCAGCAAAAUGACAAACAGAUGAAUUUAAGCAAUUAACUUCUGAAGAAACAAUGGCAGACAGAAACUGAAUAUUGCCAUGCAGUUCUCAUGGAGAGCAGAGGAUCUGGGAAAUAAGGUUUUACGAACUCGCUCCAGCACUAUACAAUGUAACGACACCUAACUGUAUUGGGAUAGUCAGUCUUGUGUGUCUCUCAGUUCUUUAAGCAAGCACUGGGGAUGUGACAGCAAGUUUAAGAAAAAAUUGAUAGCAGUGAAAGUUAACAUGGCUGAUGAUGGUACUGAUGUACAUUUAAAUUUUUCAAAAUCUGGUGUGGUGUGAAGUGGUUGUGUUCACAUCCCAUGGUGUCUAUGAGGAAAAAAAAACAUUUUAAAUCUUUAUUGAGAAAGAGCUUGUUGUACUGGAUAUUUAAAGAAAUACUUUUAAAGUUACCCGUCAUAAAAAUUAUAUAGGGCAUAUUAUUGAAUUUUACCAUAAAUGGUCAUCCUCAUGUUUUGAAAUAAACAUUUAUAUACUUA